AUGGAAGCGCUGAAAGGAAUGAUCAGCAAAACCUUCAACAAGUCCAAGGGCAACGACGAGUACUCAAGAUCUGGACCGGAUAGUAGCGCGGUGUAUCGCUCGUCAGAUGCCCGUGGGGAGCCCGAUGUUGGGACGAAGAGCUGUUCGCGUGAGGCGACGCGAGGUGGACGGAACGUUGAUCGGCAGAAUGACCCCGACUUGUCAUCUCCUCGAUCGGGAGGAGGCAAAGAGUACUUGGGUGAGUCAAGCGGUACUGAAUUCGCUGGCCAUGAAAGCGAGAGGAGUAUGAAGAAUAAUCCAGAACAAAGCUACUUAACUACGAGUGGAAAAGGUACUUCGUCGACGACUUCGUGUCGUCAUCAUGGUACUUCCGGCGAGUACCAUGAUCGAUCGGAUGACCGAAAUGACGAUGAGUACUCGAGUUAUUCGAAAGGAGCAGCCAAAGACAGUUUCGGCGAUGAUGAGAGAGGUGGCGUUCACGGUACGCGUGGAAUGCACGGCAAUACAAGUCGCUCUAGCCGCUCUGGCGGAGACAACGUGACAGGAGACAACGACAACUACGGAAUAUACACGUCAGGCGAUUCAAACUUCGCGGAUAAGGGUAAUGGUAGUGAUCAAGGUACGCUCGGAAUGCAUGACAGUGGAAGUCACUCUAGCCGCUCAGGCGGAGACGGCACGACGGGAGACAGCCGCAACUACGGAAGAUACACGUCAGGUGAAACAAACUUUGACUAA